GAAGUGUGAUUCACAGAUUCAGUCGUAGUUAGUAAAUUUUCGCCAUAUGAAUUAUUUCUUUGUCAAAUUUUAAUGGUAUUGUGUUAUUGUUGCAAAACUGACAUUGAUAUUUAAUUACGCACAUUGCUGUAAUUUUAUAUGGGAGCGGACCAUGCGCACUCAUCGGUCUACAGCAGCCUACCUAAUAGCCCACGAGACGUGACCCGUAGUGCCCCAGCUGAGCGUGAUGCACUAGCAACAUGCUGCGUGCCGUCGCCACCUGCCUGCUAGGCCUCCUAACCCACGUCGGUGGAAAUGUCGUCGUUUACACAAUCGAAACGCCCCACGCGGUAAAUCAAAUUUAUAUGAGCUGUUUGUAAACACAACACAAAUUUGUGAUUGUUCUUGAAGGGUACUUUAUGUAAUCUUUGUUAACCGACUUCAAAAAGGAGGAAGUUCUCAAUUUGGGUGUAUGUUUUUUUAUCUAUGAUUCUUUUUUUUAUUAAAUUCAAGGGUAAUCCCAUAUAAAUUAGGAGAAAAAUUGCCACCCCUAAGGGUAGCAAUAAAUAACUUCUUUUUUAGCAACUUGAAGUCGGUUAUUACUUUUUGUCAAAAGUUAUAAUUAUUGAAAUGCUAUUAUAGCAGCUUUUAGUUUUUUUUUUUUGAAGUGAAACUUUUUUAUCGACGUAGUGAAGAAAUUUAGUACAACGGCAUCACCCCUGAUGACUAAGAUGAAAUUCCUCGUUUCUAGUAAAAAAGGGAAGACCCUUUUUACGUUUUCUAUACUCAUACGAAACACAGCAGCAUUAUUAUUCUGUUGUUUCAAGCUGCUAUUUUGUGAGAGGGUGGACAUUCGCCUGUCGUGCCGACCCAUUUGUGCGAUGACCAAUGACCCUAAUAUAGCCGCAGCAUCGGUCUACCACAUAAAUAAAUUAAUACCUUGACAUAUUGGAUAUGAGUUGUUUUAAUUGUAAAAUUGUUAAUUCGUUCUAUAUGUCGCGUCGCUUUUAAAACGGCUAACGCUAUCUCACUUCAUUUUCAUUCAUUUACCACAGACUUUCAAAAGUUCAUUGCUUAAUAUAGGCCUCCAUAUAGAUUGUAAUAGUAAUAUCCCUUCUAUGAGAGGAUAUUAAAUUUAUUUGUUAUAUAUAUUUAUUUAUUUUAAUUGUUACUUGCUAUAACCCCCCUCCCCUGCCACACACUCGUCGAGCGGCGUGGGAAGUAGCGAGUAAAGGAGGUAGAGACGUAGUUUGGCCACAAUACUCGUCAUGCCCAUCGCUCCCCGUUUUGCCGGUUUUUCGGGAGCGAGUUAAAGGACUGGCAAUAAUAUGAGCGCGAGUGGCUGGCCACAUACUACUCGCGCGAACGCAGUCCGAAUCGAGCGCUCGUUACGUAAGCGUCGUUCAAAUGCAAUGAAUAGAUGUCAUCCACCAUAUCUGUUGGCGAGGAUGACGAUGUAUAUUUCUUUUUAUGACAUUGAUAAUUAUAUAUAUAUAUGAUUGAUUAGCUAUACUAAAUAUGCAUAUAGCGCGCACGCUACCUCUGUUUCAAUAUCCAUUGUGUUGUAAACGCGACCUACCCAGUGCGGAGCGUCAAGAUUAAUUGAGCGAGUAGAGCAGUUUGUGGGCAAAGAGGGCAACAUAGCGGCAGCGCGAGGAGAGUAGUGUGAGCCAUAAGGAAGAUGCUGCUGACCAUCUUGUUUCAUUUCCCUUUGUCGCCUCCUGCUUGUUGUAACGGAAUGAUAUAAGAUUUCUCAUACGUCGCCACUACACGGCGCUUCUUGAAACUUGAAAGUUAGUAAUAUAUUCGUCUUAUUUUUCAUUAUCACCCCAUAAAAGUCUUAGUUUACUACUAAUCUGUCUUAUAGCUACGAUGGGCUAGUAACCCGUAACUAGGGUACGUGGUAGAGCCAUGCUGCAGCUAUAUUAGUAGUAUAGUUGUAGCACGAAUGGGUUGGCUCAAUCGGGGAAGAACCACGCUCUGACAGAAAACCGGCGUAAAUAGCAGCUUAACGCUGCUCUGUUUCGUAUAGUGAGUGUAGAGAACCGGAUACCCUUUUUACUGGAAACGAGGCAUUCCAUCUUAGUCCUCGCGGGUGACGACGCAUCUGAAUUUUGAUUUGUAAUCGAGGAUAGAUGUAGAUGUCUGUGGGUUACAGCAACCACUUACCAUCAGGUGGACUGUGUGCUCGUUUGUCACCUUAUCCUAUAAAAAAAAACUAGGGGUUAAUAGCCAGGAUUUUAUAAUCAGCUUACUAUUCAAUACGAAACGUUACGUAAUUAUGUUUAUAAUGUGUAUCUUAGUAUGUAGUUAUGGUAAUAUUAUGUAGACAUAGAUAUUUUUAACUUAGCUGUUUGCACUUUGCACCCACAAUAUCUUCUCUGCUUAGCCUGGAGGUAGACUGGUAGAAAGUACCCUGUUGCAUUAAGUCCGCCUUUUUGUACUCUUAUUUGGUGUAAAAUAAAGCAUAAUUUAAUAAAUAAACGUGAGACACCUUGACGCGGCGCCCGUCGUCUUUCGGAGUAUUUUACAUCUGUUAUAUUACGAAAUAGUUAUAUAAAACAGGAUUUAAAAUCUUGAUAAAAAAGCAUUUGAUAAGGUUGUAAGGAAGAAAAUGUGGGAACUGUUGCCGGGGUAUGGUGUGGAUGGUCAAUGGCUAAGGGCUGUGCAGUCUCUUUACUGUGACUGUAAAGCCUGUGUGCGGGUAGGGCAUGACCUGUCACCCAUGUUUAACGUCCAAACGGGCGUAAAGCAGGGUUGUGUCAUGUCUUCCUGGCUGUUCAUACUGUAUCUCGACAGCUGUUUACAGAAGCUGAAAGAUAGUUGUUUGGGUGUGAAAUUGGGUGACAUUAAAGUAAAUUGUCUGCUGUAUGCUGAUGAUGCAGUGCUUAUUGCACCAUCAGAGGCAGAACUGCAGGCAUUAGCCACGUGUAUGAAAGAGGAAUGUGAAAUUAAAGGUCUCCGUUUGAAUGACAAUAAAACUAAGGUUCUGGUAUUUGAAAGGGACGAAGAGAGAACGAAGUGUGAAAUAUGGGUAAAUCAGGAAUGUCUAGAACAGGUAAAUGAAAUUGUAUACUUGAGGAGUGCUUUUAGCCGGGAUGGAAGAUGUGAUUUAGAUGUGGACAGGCGUGUCGCUGCCGGGAACAAAGUCAAUGGUGCCCUGACUGCGUUAGUCAAAAGGCAAGGCGUAGCGAAGAGUGCACGCCUUGCAAUACAUAACGCAGUGUUGGUACCGACUUUGUUAUAUGGCAGCGAAACCUGGGUAUGCCAGAAGAAGCAUAAAAGUAAGUUGAAUGCAGUGGAGAUGCGAUCUCUUCGUAAAAUGUGCGGCGUAACCAUGGCCGACUGAAAGCGAAACGAAGAGAUUCGCAAUAUGGCAGGUUUGAAAGAUGACCUUAUCACAAAAAUCGAUAAGGGCGUGCUUCGGUGGUUUGGGCACGUUGAGCGAAUGAGUGAAGACCGAAUGGUGAAGAAAAUAUAUAGCGCGAAAGUUAAUAUUAAAAGGUGUCGAGGUAGACCGAGACUAACUUUCGAAGGCCAUGUGAGCAAAUUGCUCGAAGAGGGUAGGGUCAAAAGUACUCGGAUACUUCGACGUGCAUGCAUGAAGAAGAUAAUGAAUCUGAAAGAAGCGAAAGAGGUUUGUAAGGAUCGUGACACUUGGCGAUCUGUUCUCUCUGGCUACCCCGUCAGGGAUUGUGCGUGAAGAUAAGAAAAUCUUCUGGGAUAUCCUAUACUCGCUUUUUACGACACAGUAAGACGCAUACAAUACAAUUCCCGCGUCUCCUUUUAGCAACGCUUCAUCAAAUACAUUUUGCAUGCAUUUAUGCAAUUAAACGCGUAUUUCUCCACGUGACUGACAUUUACAUAAUUUUAUUAACACGUCGAAAACUAUCGCACUUCAGAUACGUUUGCCGACAACAUAACAAGAAAUAGUUCGUAUAUUGCGUACUAGCUGUUCCCCGCGAAUUCGCCCGCGUGUUAGGGUUUUUACCUUUUUACGCGGAACCCUAAUUCUUUUUCUAAAAUAAAUGUAGCCUAAGUUACUCCUUAUAAAAUCAGCUAUCUACCAGUGAAAGUCCCGUGAAAAUCGGUUCAGCCGUUUCGGAGAUUAUCCGGAACAAACAGACAGACAGACAAAAAUUUUAAAAAUUGUAUUUUAGUUAUAUCAAUGGAGCCCCCAUAUAUCAAAACUAGCAAGCAGACUUAGUUCUGCAGCAUAUGCCGUAAAAAAGAUUAGAAGUCUAACUAGUGUUGAAACAGCUAGACUAGUUUACUUUAGCUAUUUCCAUAGCAUAAUGUCGUAUGGUAUUUUGCUAUGGGGACACGCAGCUGACACUGAAAUUAUAUUUGUUUUACAGAAGAGGGCCAUAAGAGCAAUUUAUGAUUUAAAGCCUAAAGAGUCGCUGCGACAAAAAUUUAAGGAAAUUAAUAUAUUAACUUUGGCCUCUCAAUACAUUUAUGGAAAUGUAAUGUACGUACACAAAAAUAAAAGUAGUUUUACAAAAAUAAGUGAUAUUCAUUCUGUAAAUACUAGGAACAGACACAAGCUAGUAGUACCAGUUACUCGACUCCAUCGAGUCAGUAAUUCAUUCUUGGGGCGAUGUAUACGCUUUUACAACAAAGUUCCAGAAAACAUACAAAAUUUGACCUGAAGUUCAAAAACUUUAUUAAACUAAGUUUGUAUAAAAAAGGUAUUAUUAUUUGCAUAUUAUAAUAUUAAUGAAUUUAUAGAUGAUAAUAACCCCUGGAAAUGAGGUGAUCGCUACCAAGCUAUUUCUAACUUGUUGUGUUGUUAAUUUGUGUAACAUACAUGAUUGUAAGCUGUUAUUUAAAAAAAAGUCCCGCGGGUUUCUUGCUGGUUCUUCCCAGGUCAGAGGUUUUUUUUCGAACCAGUGGUAAUUAUACAAAAGAGUGACUUUCAAUAAGUAUUAUUUAUAAUCUAUAUUGAAUAAAAAAGUUUCUGUUUCUGUUUCUUAUAGUUACCGUAAUUACUUUCAUAUGCAUUUAGUAAAAAAACUGUAAUUUUGACAUUACAAACAGACACUUCGAUUUUAUUUAUUUGUAUAGAUUGAGUGUAAUUAGGAGCUGGUGACUCGUAGAUGUGACUACUCUGUGAGCUAAUCAGAAUGCGUGUUGAAGAGUGGGUUACGUCUCUCACCAAUGAAAAAGUAUAUUGAUAUUUAUGGUGUAUAUGAGAUAAAGCUACGCUGCAGCUAUAUGAUCGUUGUAGCAUAAAUGGGUCACCUAGAUCGGGGGAGGACCACGCUCUUACAAAAUACCAGCGUAAAGUAUCAGCUUAAUGCUGCUGCGUUUCGUAUGGUGAGCGUAGAGGACCGGAGACUUCAGGGGUGACGCAUCUGCAUUUUGAUUCUCAACCGAGUAUAGAUGUAAAUGUUUAUGGACCACAGCAUCCAAUUAUAAUCAGUUGUUAUUAAAAAAAAUGCUUUUUAUUAGGGUUCCGUACCCGAAGGGUAACCAACGAAACCCUAUUACUAAGCCUCCGUUGUCCGUCCGUCCGUCUGUAAGCGGGCUGUAUCUCAUGAUCCGUAAUAGGUAGACAGUUUAAAUUUUCACAGAAUGUGAAUUUCUAUUGCCUCUAUAACGAC